AUUAUCCUUUUACUUCUCCUCCUCUUUCCUCUCUCCUCCCCACAGUAGCACAGGGACAAACUUUCACACAUCUAAUCUAAACCUAGCAGCAGCUCCUGAUUCCAGGAAAAACUCAAAGCUUUUUUACCUCCAGACGUUUGGAGUUUGCAGAGUUAGCAUGCCCCACAGCUUGUCCAUGGACUUGGAGAGAAAGGAGAAGCGGUACUGCAUUCGAGGCAAACAUGCAGCCAUCAUCUGUGCAGCGGUAGUGGUUUGCUCCUUGGCUGUUGGUUUAGGGGUUGGACUCACUAGACCCUCCUCCUCCACUCCAGAAUCCACACCAGCCCCUACUGGAGCCCCUACUGGAGCCCCAACAGAGCCCCCUCCUGACAGGGGGCCCUGUCUGGCUUCGUCAGACUCCAGCGGGGACUGGAAAAACUUCCGUCUGCCCGAUUACGUGAAGCCGAUCCACUACGACCUGCACCUGGAGCCAAACCUGGUGGAUGACACCUACACGGGCACAGUGGACAUCCAGGUGGAGGUGAGCCGACCCACCCGCCACCUGUGGCUGCACAUCAGGGAGACGUUCGUCAGCGCCAAGCCCAGGCUGAAGGUGCAGGACAGCCACGGGGUGCAGAGGGAGGUGGAGGUCAGCCACUGCUUUGAAUACAAAGCUGAGCAGUAUGUGGUGCUGGAGGCAGCGGAGGAGCUGUCCGCCACCGACACAGGAGAGGUUUACGUGCUCAGUCUGGACUUCCAGGGCUGGCUCAACGGAUCGGUGGUGGGGUUCUACAGCGUCGUCUACACAGAGGAGGGGAAGACCAAGAAGAUUGCUGCAACUGAUCACGAGCCGACAGAUGCCCGGAAAUCAUUCCCCUGCUUCGACGAACCAAACAAGAAAGCCACCUAUAAAAUCUCCAUCACUCAUGACAAAAACUACGGCGCUCUUUCCAACAUGCCGCCAGAG